GUUGGAUUCAAAUUCAUCACCAGCAAAUAGUCUUUUUCAAAGUCAGUUGAAAAUUAUAAACUGAACGUCUCAUUCAGUCUGCGAAUUGGUUGAAUACAAAUUUGAUUAAAUAAAAAUCCGAGAUCAGCUUUGCUUGUCUGAAAAAAAAACUAGAGAAGCAAUUGAAAACUAACCAAAGCAAACCCAUAUUAUCAGAAGAAACAAAAGCGAACAAAAAUAGGAAAAAAUGCCUCAGUUGAAUUCGAAAGCGACUCAGUAUGCAGCCCAGUAUCACAACAUGAGUGUGCCCGAAUACAUCACUUGGAGAGCACUCGGAGGAACAUGCGGCGAUGACGUCAGCGAAGAGAUUCUAGAAAAUUCUCAGAACUGGGAGACUUAUGACAUCCGGUACAACCUGUGGGCCCAGAUGUUGGUCGCCCCUCUCAUAGUCAUCCUCAACCUCUACAUCUUUCUGCGCAUUGUGGUGGGAAACGACAACCUUAGGAAGACUUUCGGCGCAGUCGCUUUCCAAGCAAUUGUUGAUGUCGUCUUCACAGGCACGGCCCUGAUAAUUCACGACAUGCUGUACAUUGUGUACGAUGGGAAGCCACUGAUGGAGGGGGGACUGGUGAAGCUAGUGUACACCUUCUCUACGGCCUCAUACAACAUCAACGCAUUCAACACCUCAGCUAUCCUGGCACACUUGGCGCUGGAUCGAUUCCUGACAGUGCGACUGGCCCACAUUCCCGACUCCACUCACAACAAGUUCAAACACGCCUCCUUUACACUCAUCGCCAUAUUCACCAGCUACUGUCUGUGGAUAACUGUGGUGCACUCUACCUAUCUGCAGCUAGACAACCCCUUCGAGGAGAGUGGACCCACUCUGAAGAAACUAUACCACAUAUUCUGGUACGAGGCUCCCUCUCUAUACAUCAUAACGUGGCUGUACAUUCUAGUGGUAGUCUCCACCUCAAUUCUCUACUCUUGUUUGGCCUACAUGCUCUUGAAACAGACCAAAUCUAUCGCAGGUAGGAAGAUGGACAAGAAGAUGAAGCGAAACAAGGAGAUCACUCUGCUCUUCUUCCUCUCCACUGUGGCUUAUGUGCUCCUCUGGUUCCCAGAAGUGUCCUACGCCUUCUUCUGGCAGUGGCGGAAGAUGCCCUGUCUCUAUACUCAAUACUUCAAGUUCAAAUAUUCAUCUCGCUUUGGUUUCUUCAUGGAUUGGGCGAGGGAACUUCUGUUCUACAUCUACAGUGUGGUGAACCCACUACUCUUCAUAGGAACCCAGAAGAACUUCCAUCUAAUGAGUUUCAAGCAGGACUUGAUGAAGAAGUUCGGCCGGAAAUGGUUGGGGGUGUUUUCGGAGAGGGCUAAUAACGACACAUCUGCCCGAGGGGGAGCGAGUUCGAAUGGAAACAUAACUUCGCCGUUGUGAUCCUAAAUCUGUUUAUUAACCCAACUCUGAUGUAUUCUAUAUGAAUCAUUGUUGUAAGACUAACCCUUGGCUCUUUUCCAG